CCUCUCUGUCCAAAAUGUGAACAUUGGCAUCCUUGAAAGAUUGACCGAGAACUGAUUGAGAACCUUCACAGACGUGGACUUCAUCUUCUUCAGAAUGCAGCAUACGUGGAAGUUUGAAAAUAUUACCACAAUAUUUAAGUCACUGGAUUGAAGUUUGAACUGGUUUCCAGUUCAACAGAGAACUGCCUUUUAAAGUCCUUCUAUUAGUUAGUGAAGCUCUCAGUGGUUUGGCCCCCAGUUCAUUUCUGGUGUACUCUGUGUCUGUAACCCUAUUAUAACUCUCAAGUCAUCAGAUGCAGCUCUUUUAACUUGUACCCUGGAAUUUUCAUGGUCAUUUUUUGAAUCCACUUAACACUUAACACUGACCUAUGAAUCACUUAAGCCUUAAAUAGGCCUGUAACUCAAGGGAUGAGUCAGUGUUGUGUCUACACAUAACAGGCAUAUUACAUAGAACCGAUCUGAAAUGAUGUCUUCAGGAACUUUGUUACUAGCAGCCAGCUGCAAGAAAACAAACACAAAAGGAAUUUUCACAGAUAAAGUGUUUUUGAAUAGGAAAAGGUCCUGAUGCAGGAUCUGACAGAGGCAUCUGGCCCUUCAGGUAUUUCAUAUACUUACUGUUUACUGAAGCCUCUUCAGAAAUAGUCAGUGAAAGGUUGCCAAUAAGCCAUUUUUAAGAAAGAUGAACAAGGAGAAAAGCCUGAUUUAUGAUAAAUUACACAAGAACUAUACUGACAAUCGUCCCCAACAGGUCUAAUGGAGCGAUGAAUCCAAACUUGAAACUUCAGCUUAAAAUUGUUUUCAAUAUGUCUGGGAGUCAGGAGUGAGGUACAAAUGUUUGUCACUCCUUUAUAGCCAUCUGUAAAACACAGUAGAGGCACCUUCAUGGUUUGGAGCUGCAUUUCACCCAGCCCAAAGUGACGGAAAUAUGAACACAGAAAAGUAACAUAAAAUUUUGAUCCAUUGUGGAAUAUGAUUUAAAACGCAUGUGAUUGGCAACAACUUAUUUUUUCCACAUGCCAAUGAUCCCAAACACACUGCCAACGCAGUAAAAGGAUAUGUCGAAAUCUUAAAUGAAUUCCAAGAAUGCUGGUGUUCAAGUUUCAUCAUGACCUUCAGUACAUGUAAUGUCAGGGAUGUUGUCCAAAGUCAGCAAGUCGAGUUAGGCUGCUUUUCACAGCAAUACAGCUUCUUGGUAGAUUUUGAAUCCUCUAAUCUGUAUCAGCAUUUAACUGAUCACAUUUUUCCAUAAAGUCGGAAUUUGAUGUAUUACUGUGCAUUGUUCUGGCUAAAACUUUAAGGCAGGCAUCCAGGCCACCCUUGUCCAUACCAGUACUGCAGAAAUUCUGUAGUGUUACAAUGUUAUUGUGCAGGAGUCUGCAUGUAAGGAGUUAGUGUUUACAUGAUGUCAGUUUCCUGUUUCUUGCACCACUUCUCUGGAGAUUCCAAAGAACUGAAACCGUGACACACAAUUGCACACUCACAAACAAAGCCUUCCUUAAAUGUUUUAUUUGAGUCAGCUUUAAAGGAAACCUGCAUAUCAGUUGAAGUGAGAAUUCUUCCUGCUGCUGUUCACUUUGAGCGAGAACUACAUUGCUGUUUCAAACUGAGUGAAGGAAUUCCAGUGAAACUUGGUUAUUUAAUUUCCACACUGCCUGCUCACACAACAUGGACCUUAUCUUGGUCUUCCCACUGAUACUUGCACUGAUUUCCUGUGGACAGAGUCACACUGAGGGGACUGAACAAACUAAUGGUUCAUGUUACAAUUUGUGUCCAGCUGGAUAUCAUAAAGUUGGUAACUGUGAUGAUCAAGUUAAAAAGUACAAAUGCAAGAAAUGUGAGGAUGGCUUCUACACAGACAUAGAAAACUACAUAGAGAAAUGUCUUCGGUGUGACUUAUGUAAUCAUGAUGAGAUUGUACUAAGGCCCUGCUCCUUUAAUAGCAACAUAGUGUGUGCCUGUAAACAUGGAUACUACAAUUUAGGGUCUGACCAUCUGAGGGAAUGCAUGAAAUGUUCCUGUAGUACAUGUCCAAAGAACGAUGACUACAAAAGGAAGUGUCUGAAGCAGACCAUUGGGACAAACAAAACAUAUCAAUUGUGAUUAGAUUUUGUUUGUGACUGACUGACAAGAGCACAGGACUACAAAUCAAUCAGAAAAUAAUAUAGAAUGCAUAUAUUUACUGCAGUGAUAGCUUACAGUGUAUAUCAGCACCAUCAUCAAAUCUAAACACAGUGUCUGGCUUAUAAAAUGUGCUCAUGUAUGUGUAAACCACAUUGUUAUUACUGAGUUUCUGCAAAAUUGUACAACUGCAUGUGUCAUAAUCACUGUCUUUAGGGUUUGUUUUGAUUUUUACUCUGUUUUGGAUUUUCAGUUAUUUUUAGUAUUUUGAGUCUCCAGAUUUGGUUAAAUUGUCAGGAUCCCUGGGUUUUCCUUUGUCUAGUUUUCCCCUUUGACUCGUUAUCUUGUAAAUAGUUAUUGUCUGCGUCAUCCACUGUUCAUUAUCACACCCUCCCUCACAGACGUGUGCUCCUUGCUGGGAGUUUCCAAAUUCCCUAGAAGUGUGUUUUCCAGUAGUUUGUUUUGAACUUGUUUUAACUGCCAGCAAUAGAGAUUCUUCUUUUCUUUUCCAUUUCUCUAGUCCUGGAUUUGGGUCUACAACCUGCCUGUUACACAGCACUACAUUAUAUAACUUUCUUCCUUUCUUUUUUAUUUUUUAAUGGUUUGUUUCUGCCACUGGAAAUGACCCUUUUUAUCAUAAGUCAAAAUUUGGGGUUUUUAUCUGAAAGCUCUGACUUAAAAACCUCAAAAUUUCGAGUUAUUUCCAUUUUUGAGUUACUGUCUCAGAAAUUUGAUUUAUGAAGUUUAGAUUUUGAGAUAAUCUGAAAUUCGCUGUUCCAAUGAUUUCCACACUUCAUCAGUGCCCUCGCUCAUCCACUAAUCAUUUAGUGGUAAUUUGGUAUCUUACUUGUCUCUGGUUUUCUUUGUUUAGGAAUCACAAUCUAGAUUAAAAUGUGCAUAAAUAUCCCUGCCUUUGUUCUUUACCAUCUUGUACUGUUUAGUCUUCUUUAUGUUUUGCUCCUGUCCUUGUUUUGGAUUACCAAUUAACAAUAACCAUUUUUGGAGUUUUACUCACUGUUUAGAUUACAGCUAGAUUACAACACUCGUUCUUUGUUUAUUGAAACUCAGUCUCUGUCUUGUGUUUUGAGUCUUUAUGGAUCUAUAAGCGGUAUGUGCUAAGAUGAUCUCAUUUUGUUUCCUGUUUCUUGCAUUGCUUUUCUGAAGACAAAACAGAAUUGAAAGUCCAGAGACUGAAAACAUGCGAUAACACACUCAUACAAAUAAACCUGUCCUUAAACCACAAGUUUGAGUCAGGUUCAAAAGAAAACCAUUCAUCAGCUUAAAUAAGAGUGUCUCAUCUCAUGCUGGUGAUUACAAGACUGUUUUCAACUGAGUGAAUCUGAAUAAAAAUUGGUAAGUAAUCCUGUUUGUAGGAUUAAUUGGAUCAUCUCCAUGUACAAUUUCAAGGGUGCUUUGAGUAGAGUUUUGUCAUUUAGUGUUGUGUGAAGCUCAUGUUUACAUAAAGGUAUACAAAGAUUAUGUCUUAAUGACUGCAAGAUAAGGUUUGUUACAAGAUUUAUUAAUUUUUUUUACAGUUGCUUAAAAGUUAUCUUUUAUUAUGCAUAUUCUUCAAGGACUGUAAAUCAUAUUUGUUGGUAUCAUUAUUAUACUAUCAUUAUUAUUAUAUUAUUAUCAUUAUUGCUAGCAUACAUCCUCGCUGUUGUAGUUUUAGUGUUGAUAAUCAAACUUCAUAUUAGUUGCUGAAAAUGUUAAUGAUGCAGUAUUGUGUAUAACAGAUAUGCAGGGUAGAAGAAGGCCUCCUGAUUACUGGGAUUCCCUGUUGUGGUCUUGCUGCUCUAGGAGCAAAUAUUUCCUGUGAAAAAGAGUUUCCACAGGACAGUGGAGCAACCUUUCCCAGCAAUAACUUGAAGUAAUGGUUUUCUGUGGGGUUUUUCUUUAUCAGUCUAUCACAUCGUGGGAAUGUUUCAGUUCAACUCAUUGAGAUUCAUGGGGAUUUGUUCAGAGAGAUUUCUCCACAUUUGAGUCUUGAACACUUUGGUAUACAGAAGACUUCAUGGUCGCCUUAGUACAAGGUGUCCAGGUCCUGUGGUUGUAAAACAAGCCCAGAUUAUCACUCCUCCACCACUGUGCUGCCUGUUGGUAUGAGACAUUUGUAUUGUUUAGGGCUGCCACAAAUGAUUAUUUUAAUAGUCGACUAGACACCGAUUAUUUUUCUGAUUAGUGGACCAAUCGAAAACGUCGGAGCACUUUUGCAAACAUGUCAUGUCUUGAUAAACCAAGCAGAUAUUUGAAGUUUACACAGCUACAUUCUCGCCUGAAAAUAUG